AUGGCGGCUCAGAAUGUUCAAGCUUCAGUACAAUUUUUGAAGUGGCAGGACCUCUACAACACAGAAAAACCCUUCAACAUCUUUCUCGACAUGCCCGCUGAAGUCAGGGAGCAGAGAAAGACCAACAUCGUUUUUGAGGACAUCGAGGUUUCCAUUGAAGAUAUACGUGGAAAAGAACACUUUUUUACUCUAGAUAACCAAGGAUUCAUGGUUUCCAAUCUUCCUCCGUUCACGGGAACACUUGACAAAGCUACGAUCCAGGGUGUACACCUGCCAGCAGUGGAAAACUUACUCAAGGAGAAAGUGGAAGGUGCAGAUAGGGUGUUCAUCUUUGAUUGGAGAGUCUGUUUGGACUUCUGGUGUUGCUACAACAGUCGCUGACCAAAUCUUAGGUUCGCCGUGGUGAUGAUGAAGCACACAAGAAAUUCAUCGACUUGCGGGAUUAUUCAGCUCCGUUGAAGCCGACGAAUGCAGCACAUAUAGGUAUGUCACUCCAUUUUAGGCCAUGGAGAUUUUUAAAUUAACUCUACCAGACACCUCGGCUAUUUCUGCUAUCAAGCGAGUGAAGCUCCAACUUGGAGAGGAAGCAUCCGAGGCUUUCAAGUCACGUAUUCGAAUUGUGAAGUAUGCUCCCUCUCUUAAUAGAAUAUUAACAUGCAGAAGUUAACGUGACUCUAGUGUCUGGCAACCAGUAAAUCACGUUGUGGAAGAUUGGCCACUAGCCCUAUGUGAUGGAAGCACUGUUGAUGCAUCCUCUCUUGUGGAGACAGACAUUGUGAGGGCUGGGCAUUUGAGUUCAAACCUAUAUAUAAUACAUCGAAACUCCAAUAGAUGGCACUAUCUCCCACAGCAAAAACUAGAUGAAGUCUGGAUCUUCAAGCAGUUUGACACAAAACCUGACGUUAGAGCGCACUGUAAGUUGGAAUUCUAAUUCCUCAAAGGAUUAUCUUUAAUCACUAACUUAACCCUCUUACAUUCAGAUUGCCCACAUACCUCAUUCAAGUCUCCUAUUGCAAGACCGGAUGCGAAAAGUCGACAAAGUAUUGAAGUGAGGGCUAUUGUUCUUACUGAUCCAUUAGCUUCUGUAUGAGUAGCGAAAUGAUUGGAGGAGAACCUUGCAAGUUUAUAUGGCUAUGUAAACCUUAACAUACCUAUUGAUAACAGUUCAACGAAAGCAACUGAUGAAACGAGAUAAUAGGAUGAUGACAAAAGAAAAUGAUAAAAUGAGUAGGAGGCCGGACGCUUUAGCCGAGGAAGCUUUAUUCAAAUCUUGCUUCCCUUCGUC